AAGACUUAACCAAAAUAUAUUUAUGUUAAAUUUUUAUUGGAUUUAAAUAAGAAAUAAACAAGAUGUGCAUAUAUAAACAGAUCUCUUCUUGAGUUAUGUAAGCUUUGAUUCUUUCUCGGUAAUUAGUGAACAUCUUGGCAAUACAAUGUUGAAGCUACUUAUCUUUGGACUAUUCUGCCUUCAUGCGGUCCUAGCUGAUGAAGUCAACAAAUGUAGAGUCGAGACCCAAGAAAUAUUCGAUAAUACUGAUAUAUACUGCAACAACUUAAAAUUAGAUGAUAAGGAAUUGCCCCUAGAUGGACCAGUACCACAGACCAAGAUUGUCCAUGUAAAUUUCUUGCAUUGUACCGGAAAAAUCGACGAAAACUCAUUUCCUAAACUAAGAGGGGUAUUGACAUCAAUGAAUAUCAAUGGAGGAGAUUUGGAAAAGUUUGUCCUGCCGGAAAUGCCAAAAUUAACAUAUCUAGAAAUAGGUGACUCAAAAAUCCCCUCUCUGAAUGGAGCACUUAAAAAUGCCAAAAAUUUGGAAAGUGCUUCGUUUAGAAAAGAUACUUUUGAGAUCAAGGAAGGAGAUUUGGAUGGUUUGGAAAAACUGGAGAGCUUCAGAAGUACCAAAGUGAAAGUACAAUUGACAAAAAGGCUGUUGCAGGAUCUCAGGAAAUUAGAAACGUUAAUGGUGACAAAGGGUCGCUUAGAAAAAGUUCCUAGUGAUGCUUUCCAGAACAAUCAAGAAAUAAACUUCUUAAUGUUGGAGGAUACUUCCAUAACAUCGAUCGAACCCGGAACUUUUGACGGACUCCAAAAAUUAGAUCAGCUCGACCUUAGAACCACAGGUCUCCAAGGUCCUUUCGACGUAAACCUAACAAAAGGAUUAAAGAAACUUAAUUCGUUGGGUAUUCCAGCUCGAACUGUCAAAGGGCUGGAUUUGAAGAAGUUGUUAGAUAACUGCCCAAAGCUGUUCACCUUCAGUUUUAACCGCAAUGAUGAAUCUUGUCCCGAAGUGAAAGCUUUAUUUGAGGAAGUUAAGAAAAGUGGAAGAUUCAUGGGUGUGGCUUAUAUAAGUGUUGACCAAAAUAAAACUUGUUAACAGAUGUACACCUGGAUAAUAAAUUACAAAAUUAUAAAUUGAAA